GUGCUGCGGGGAGUACCGACAGGCCGUUUCCAUGGCAACGCGGUGAACGGUUCCAAACAGUUAGUUCUUCAUACGCAGGACUUUUAGCUCUGCUGCUAAUACGAAUUCAGAACAAUCCUCAGCUCUAAUGAGUAAUAAUCUUCAAGCAACGAAAUCUGGGUGCCAUGUUACAAAUGGCCAUAUCUCCCAGAUUCCAGGACUGUCCCCAGCUAUCAGCACUCUUCCCGAGGAGAGGGCCCGAGGGCGAAGGGCUGGGGUCCUAGACAGUGAUUCUGACUAUGUCAAGCUUGCAAAGCAAGGAGGGCAUAAAGGGCUUUUGUGGCAUGAGGAAACAAUUACUUCCAAACCUAUUUCAUACCAAUCCCCUGACUCUAUCUGUCCUGAAUCAGGAGACAAUAACGACCCAAGUCUCAUUAGCAGUGAAGAAAAGAAAAGCCCCGGAGCUUUUCAACAGCUAGAACCCCCCUUUGGGACUGAUAAUAUGUCAGCCUGGGAGAGGGAUGAUAGCAGCAACGAGAAGAACAGCGGUGAUCCUUGCAGCCAGACAGAAAAGCUGCACUCACCCAAUCAAUAUUAUGAGCCCAGCAGAUUCAGGAGGAUAGUACAUGACAAGAAACCAGCUCCUGUUGACAUGUCUAAGCUGUUGAGCUUUGGAUAUGCGGAAGACAACAAACCAACAGCCAAAGCUGAUGGAUGAAAUUAGAAGACUGCCGGUGAGUGGGAAACUCAAAUGCUUUCAGCAGGU